GCUCCGCCCACUCUUCCGGGAGACUCCGUUGACCGUCAUGGCGCUCGGAAGAUCUGUCUACAACCUGCUCUUCAGAAGAACGUCAACUUUCGCCAUCACCAUCAUGGUGGGAGCUGUUGUCUUCGAGAGAGUGUUUGAUCAGGCCGGAGAUGCGGUAUUUGAAAACAUAAAUCGGGGGAAACUGUGGAAACACAUCAAACACAGUUAUGAGCAGAAUGGUGAGGAAUAAUGAGGAGUGUUCAAUCUACCAUCAUCCCGUUUCCUGAUGUCUCCCGGGUGGAUGGUCCUCUGGCCGCCGUGUUUCAUCUUCCAGCCGGAUCGUCCUGGUGACAUAGACAGAGACUGAUUACCGAACCCUGAUGAAAUAUCACGUGGCCACCUGUUAUUGUGCGACAUCACGUACUUCAUGAUUUGUAAAUGCGUUGCUAACUUACUUGUGUAUGAAUAAACCCGACAACUCAGAA